AUGGAAAAUUAGAGUAAUAAAAAUAGGGCAUGUCUCAAAUAGAAAUAUGCAGAGUUAAGGAGCUAAUUAGUUAAAAAUGUUUCUUACAAUUUACACUUCAUUUUUUUUGAAAAUUAACGCACUUUUGAUGGUUUAAUAAAAAUAAAUUUUGAUUUUGAUUUAAGCAAAAACUAAACAAAGAUCGAUGAAAAUAGUUAAAUUGAUUAUAUUCUUCUAGAUUAUGCUGGAAAAUCGAUUUCCUAAAUAGUUAUUAAUGGCAAAGAGAUUAUCAUGCAGCAAGAUAUGUGGCAUGAUAAUUUUAUUAAAAUAAAUAUAGAUCAGCUGAAAAUGUAGUAGAAUGUGGUAGAAAUAAUUUUUUAAGGAAAUUUUCACAACGAUGGACUAGGAAUUAGAUAAGUUACUCACCCUGUUAAAAAUAAUUAUUAAAAUAACACUUUAAUUUAUACACUUUUUCCUACUAAUAAUGCUCAUAGGGUAUUUCCAUGCUUUGAUUAGCCUGAUAUAAAAGCUAAAUUUUCUUUGCUUAUCGAUGCUCCUCAAACUUGGACAGUAAUUUCAAUUUAAAUGGAGAAUUUCCAAGGAUACGUAGAUGCCUAUUCAAAAUAAUCAAUGGAUUCAAAAGUAGUACUUUCUCGUUGGUAUUUUGAAUAAACUCCCCUAAUCAGCACCUAUCUUUUUUCGUUUGUAAUGGGAGAUCUUUCUAAAGUAGAAAGAGACAUAUAAUAUGGUCAAAACAAAGCUUAAAAUAUUAAGUUGAGAUUAUUUUCAAGAGCUUAAGUAGGGUAAAUAUUAGAAAAUUAAAUGGAAGAAAUCUCUUUUAUAAUUUAGCAUGGACUGACUUUCUUCGAAAAUUUCUUUUAAACACCUUAUCCUUUUUCAAAUUAAAAAUAUGACUAAGUCUUUUGCCCACAAUUUCAUUAUGCUGGAAUGGAAAACCCAGGACUAGUCUGCUUCACUGAAAAUUAUCUUAUUACUGAAUAAAAAUCAACUAAUAUUCACACUACAAGAGCUUCAAGUAUACUUCAUGAACUUUCACAUAUGUGGUUUGGAAAUCUAGUUACUAUGAAAUGGUGGAAUGAUAUAUGGUUAAAUGAGAGCUUUGCUACUUACAUUAGCUAUUUGUGUUUGUCAGAAGUCGAUGAGUUUAGGACAAAAUACAUGAAUCCUUGGAUCAAAUUCUGUGAAUAUAAAAGUAAUGGAUUUAACCAAGAUUCAAAGCUGAGCACUCAUUCAAUAGCUUAAGAAAUAGAAUCUACUGAUGUCUCUAUGGAAAUAUAUGAUAGUAUUACAUACUCUAAAGGAGCAGGAAUAAUAAAGCAAUUGGUUUUUUUAAUUGGACUACCAUCAUUCUAAUCUUUCUUGCACUUAUAUUUUUAACGCUAUUAGUGGUAAAAUGCAAGCAUGCAUGAUUUUUUCUCAAUGAUACAAUUAGUUUUAAAACAAGAUAAAAAAUUUGAGAAUUUUAAUAUAGAGAUGUGGAUAGAUUAAUACAUAUGUAAGCCUAGUUUUAAUGUGAUUUCAUUUAAAUAAGAUAUUUUGUAAAAUACUAUUACCUUCUUCCAAAAGCCAUACCAUGAAAAAAAUCAUCCUUAUCUUAGAUUUCAAUCCUUCAAAGUUAGACUAUAUAAUUAGCCUUUAUUUACUGGAGAUUACGAAGAUAUGGAUGUAUUUUUUUCUUCCGAAUAAGUAGUGAUGCACGUUGAUUUUAAUAAAAAAUAAUCUGUCAGGAAUGGUUAUUCUAAUUAGAAUUCUACAAAUAAUUAAUUAAAAUGUGUUCUAAUAAAUUAUGAAGAUCACAGUUAUAUUUAAUUUGAGUUAGAUGACUUUUCUAGAUUUAAUUUUUUAAGCAAUUUUUGUUCAAUAGAUGAUGAAUUAACUCAAAUUAUUCUUCUGUAACAUUUUAGUAAUGAAGUUUAACUAGGAAAAUUAGCAAUACAGUAAUUUAUAUAAAGCUUUUUAGCUAUACUUGAUAAAGCACAUAAUAGUGAGAAUAUUUUUGUUUAGACUAUAGAGUCAAUGUACAAUUUGAUUGAAAUGUUGCCAAAUUCAAUAUAAAAAAUUGAAUCUGAGAAGGUCUUUUAUCAUUUAUUGUCGAAAAUAGAGAAUAUUGAACUUUCUCCAAUGAUAGUUACUGCAAUCAUAGAUAAAAUAUCAUGGUUUGGUUCUUCAAUUAAGGCACAGGAAAUCAUGAAAAGCUGGAUUAUGAAUUAAUAUGAACCUUUGAAAAAGUAAAGAUGGAAUAAUUAUGUUUUAAUUUAAACGAUUGAGAACAUAUUUUAGAAUAGAUACUUUACUAAAGAAGAAAGAAAUUAUUUUAUCAAUUAAAGACUCAAAUCAGGAAUUACUUACAGAUAAUUUUGUGAAAUUUGCGAAUACGAAUUUAAUGAGCUCAUGGAGAUUUGGAAUAAAUUUUAAUCUAAGUCCUAUCAGGAUUAGACUGCGAUUUAUGAAAUAUCUCUUUAAAUGAGAGCAUUUAACAAUCCUGCUAAUCAGUAAAUUUAAGAGUUUCUCUCAGAAGCUUUCUUCUAAGUUUUAGAAAAAAUUUUUAAUGAAGCAAAUUCUGAAUAUGCUAAAAAAUUCUAUCAAAAGCUUUUCCCAAAGCAAGGAGAAAUAAAUAAACUGUUAAAAAAAGUGGAUGACUUAUUGAACAAAGCUGAUAUAUCUGUGAUACUAAGAAGUCUCUUAUAAUCAAGCUAUAGCAAACUUGAAGAAUAAUAAAACAUUUUACUAAAGUAUAAUGAAUACUAGGCAAGUUAAAAUCUUCAAUUUUUCCACAACAACCAAUGA